CAAGGACCGUACUCCUCGGGAGGGACCCAGAGCCACUGAGAUUAGGGAAGCCAAGCUGGCUUGUUUGGCUGGGCAUCCAAGCGGGUCGGAGAGUCCAGUCAUGUUCGCCCACGCGGUGACGCGCGCCCUGCGCAAGAAUAAGACCCUUCGCUACGGAGUUCCCACGUUGUACGCGGGCCUCUCACUGUUGUGGCCUCUCCCGUUGCGGAGCACAGGCUCCGGACGCGCAGCCUCAGCGGCCAUGGCUCACGGGCCCAGCUGUUCCGCGGCAUGUGGGAUCUUCCCGGACCAGGGCACGAACCCGCAUCCACUGCAUCGGCAGGCGGACUCUCAACCACUGCGCCACCAGGGAAGCCCCCUAAGUGAGCUCUAUUUAAUUGACUCAAAAGUGAGAUAACGCCUCAGAACGGCAGCCAGAACCACGACUCCCAGCAUUCCUGGCGCUCGCCGCUCUCCUUGCUUCCUCUUCCGGCUCAGGGGCUACUGAAACCGAAAGUGCGAUGCUGUGGCCGCCGCCGGGGUGAUUUUCACCUUCGCCUGCGCGAGCCCUCGCUGACCCAGGUUGGGAAGCCAGACAAGAGUAAAAUAUGAACGGAAGAGUGGAUUGCUUGGUUACUGAGGAGGAGAUCAAUCUCACUAGAGGACCCUCAGGGCUGGGCUUCAACAUCGUCGGUGGCACAGAUCAGCAGUAUGUCUCCAAUGACAGUGGCAUCUUCGUCAGCCGCAUCAAAGAGAACGGGGCUGCAGCCCUGGAUGGGCGGCUCCAGGAGGGUGAUAAGAUCCUCUCGGUAAACGGCCAAGACCUAAAGAACCUGCUGCACCAGGAUGCUGUAGACCUCUUUCGUAAUGCAGGCUAUGCUGUGUCCCUGAGAGUGCAGCACAGGUUACAGGUGCAGAAUGGGCCUCUAGGACAUCACGGUGAAGGGGAGCCAAGUGGUAUUCCCGUAACUGUGGUGCUGGUGCCCGUGUUUGCCCUCAUCAUGGUAGCAGCCUGGGCCUUCGUGAGAUACCGGCAACGACUUUGAAAAGCUUGCUUUCUUCCAGUGCUCCCGGAGAAGAAGAUACAUUUCUCUCUUUCUCUCACCCUCCUCCCCUGCCAUUCUCCCAUAACUUUCCCUCUCUCUACAUAGCCAACACACAAUUUAAAGAGACUGCUACCCAACCAGAACCUUGCUGCUCAAAAUCUCUAAAUCCUCAUACUCUGGUGGGAGAGUAAAGGCGUUGUUUGAAGGAAUGCUGAAAGAAGGACUUGCCUAGAACAAAUGAAGAGUUAUAUAUUUUACUAGGACCACCAAUAGAAGUUCAGCUGCAACCCAGAGAGGGAGAGGUCCAGUCUUCCCAUCACCAUGCGUGAUUCCUUUUUUCUUACCUGGCAUGUGUCAAAGAUCAGCUGUAAUAAGAGGAAGAAAGGAUUUUUCUCUUUAAUGAUCUUCAUUGGGAAGUUUUUGUGUCCUUUAUUUAAUUUCUAACUACCUACUUGGGCACCUACUUUGUAUCAAACAGAGGUGAAUGAAGAGAGAAUUUCUACUUUUUUAAGAAAGCAAAAAAAAUACACAUACAUAUACAUAUUCAUAUAUGAUAGUGUAAUAGUGAUGCCUUAUGGAGAAUUAAAGAGAAAGCAACUCUGGUUUCUGGGUUUCUGAUGUAAGAAUUAAGGGAUAAUCUUAACUGAAGAAUUUGAUACAUAGCAGGAGUGAGAGAGUGAGCCUUAAGAGAGGAUGCAACUAAUUAAAAAUCUUAGAACAAUAUUUCUUCUCAUAAUAGCUGCGGUGAAGUUGAGGUAAAAUGACAUAAUCCAGCUUUGUGCAAGUCAGUCUGUUUAAAAAACUCGGGAGAUGUAAAUAUAAACCUUACUAAUCUCUGGGCUACCCUAGUGACUGUUUUGGUACCUUACAGACCUGAUAAAGGAUCAGCUGGAAUGUCUGUGGUCAGAGCUAUAACUAUGGCGAUGGGGCCAAACCAACCCAGUGAAAAAACUCAGGCUAUCUACCAGUCUUGUUUCGACUAACAGGCAAAAUCUGAGAAAGGGACUGCUGCCAGCAGGAUGGGCAUGAAAUCAGCUCUGCUUCAAUUCAGUUAAGUUGAAAGGAUUUGGAUUGCUACUGUUUUUUGAAAGGUUCUGAACGCUGGUUAUGGCUUUUAAUGAAUAAAUCAUUUUGCGGGGAAGGCGAAGAAAAGAGUUUUGUUUGUUUUAGCGGCUAGGGAAGUUUGCUGGAUGUUUCAAGGAGAAGCCUUACGGAUGAAUGGAUGUUAGGGAAUACCAAGGAUAUAAGUGAGGUGGGAACCCUCCUGUUCGUGUGGUAUUGAAGGUUGGUUUUAAAGCACUAAGGAGAGCUGAACCAAGACUAAUUUUCUGGCUUAAAGAAAAUCAUUUCCAUCCUCUAAAUAUACUGGCCAGGCUAUAGGCUUUAUAUAAUCUUGACAGCAAGAGUAUGAAGACUUUCCCUCAGGCAGUGAGUUGUGUCCAAUUUUUAGCAUGGAUGAUCUGAUAAGAAUUUUAUAAGUGUUGAUUGGACAUCAGCUUUGUUAUGACUUUUACAAAGAAGCAAAAUACUUAGCCUCCAUUCCUAAAGGGUUUUUGUUUUUUGGUUCCAGUUGGGAAGAGAACACCUUUACACAUAAAAUAAUAAACAAUUACCUCCAUAGGCAAGGCAAUGUAAGUUAGUGUCAAAUUUAUAUUGCAAACCAAAGGGAACGGUUACUGAGAAUAGAGGCACUUGAGAAAGUUGCAUGGAGGAAGGGAACAAGUUAAGGACCCUUGAGGAGCUCACAGUCAAGAGAAUUCAUAAAUAGAUGAGAAGUUAAAAGUAUAUCAUCAGGUUAAGUAAUAGUUGAGAACAAUAAUAAAAGAAAUGGUACUUUUCAGAGUAUGAUGCAGCUACAAAGACGUGCAGACACAUUUUCUUUUUUUUUUUUUUUAGGAAUUCAGAAAAAGAAAGCUGUCACGUAAUGGCAUCAGGCCAGAGUGGAAAGGGAAGGCUUUUAAAAAUAAAAACCCCAGUUAAGACCUUGCCUCUGGGUCACCGAUUGGUAUAAGAAGAAACUUGCUGUAAACAAUCCUAAGAGGAUUUCUGCCUUCAGACCUGAACUGUUCAGUACCUCUGAGACUCACUUAGACAACUGCAUUCAGUAUUCCAGUUCUCACCUCAACCAGCCCCUCUGUGGAGGCACAACCUCGGGUGCCCUCCCUGUAUCUGGAGGAAUGUGCAGCAGCUUCUGCAGUGGGCCUGCUUUCCUCCCAGGAUUCCUUUCAGGGUUUGGACAUUAACUCCUGAGAGGACCUUGAGACAUACAAAAGGAAGCAAAUGGCAAGCAGGAAGGAAAGCUAUUUUGUUUUUUGUUUGUUGGUAUAUGUAAAUAAAAACACCUAUCCCAUCAUUGGUAGAGGUUUUGCUUUGGUUGAUAAUAGGGAUUCCAAUGCACUUUAAUAAUUCAGGUUUUCUCUGGAAUUAAAUAGCGUUUAAAGAUCAAUAUAGUAAAGGUUUAGGCAAAUAUGCUACUUCAAUUAUAUUCUUAUUUCUGAUUCUCUAGAAAAUUAAAUUAUUACCAUAGAUGAAGUAUUGGAGUCCAUUGUAGGUCAUUAAAAAAUGCAUCCUAUUUAUAGAUUGAAUCUAACAUUUCUAUCACUUUAUCGAUUGUAGCUAAUAUUCUUCCCACCUAAAUUACUAUGUUCAAAGUUUUAAAAAUUGAAUGAAAAUCUUUUUUAAGACAUUUACUUAAAACACUUUGCUACAUUUAUCAUCCUAUAUUAUACAUACAAUUCUAAUAAGACGUUGUUUGCUUCAGUCGUCUCUCUUUUCCUGCCAAGUUUUAACCAAUGCUAUUGAUUUAACUUAAUCACACCAUCUAGAAUGUGUAAUAGAAAAAGGAAAUUAAUACCUGUUACUACAUUCUGUGCCAGGUACUAAACUAAACCCUGAUUGGUAACACUGUUUCUUCAUGCCUCACAACUCUGAAGUCUAAGUAUUGUUAAAAAGACACUAAAGAAAAGAGAAUAAAUUGUUCUACUAAGAUUACAUAGGUGGUAAUAGUAGAAUCAGGAUUUAAACUCAGGACUUCAGGUGCCACCACCAAUAUUUCCUUACUGGCAGUGGUUCUCAAAGUGAGGUCUCUGGACAAAAACAUUAGCACUACCUGGGAACUUGUUAGGAAAGCAAAUUCUUGGGCUCUACCCUAGACCUACUGAAUCAGAAAUUGAGUAGGGCACCCAGCAAUCUGUUUUAAUACUCCAUCCAGGUGACUGAUGCACAUUAAAGUUUGAGAAUCACUGCUCUAUGCCAAUAGUCACCUUUUUCUCAGGUUAGAAUCACCCAGAGAGCUGAUAAAAAUUCUGAUGCCCAGGCUGCACCUAGAUCAGUUAAGCAGAAUCUCUAGGGGUGGGAAUAGGGCAGCAGUAGAACAGAGUUCAUGUAAUUCCAGUGUGCAGUGUCAGGAAAAACAAAAACAAAAAUGCUCUGGCAUUUAAACCUAGACACUAUUUAAAUUAUUGAAUUACAUACGGGCAUUGCUCCAGCCAAAAAUGAGAAUUGCACUUGGGCCUUUUUGGAGCCCAGCUCUCAUUAGCUUCUGCCUCAAGUAUAGGUGUGGAAUAAGAAGUGGAGCAGUAUUUGGCUUCUGAUUUGCUAAGGACUGACCAAACUCCAGCAAAAUGUAUUAGCGUGUCAGUGUGUGCCUCUAUUAAAUUAAAACCAAAUCAUAGAACAUUGGAGCUAAAAGAUUCUAGGAUGAAUCUGUCUUAAAGAUGAGAAAAUCAAGGUUCAGAGAUGUGAACUAACUUAACCCAGAUCAAAGACUUAGUCUGUUGCAGAGGUGCCCUUUCUGUCUCAUAUAUAUGUCUUGAAUGUAUCCACUAUAUGAACAUAGACAAAGCUAUCCUUUUUAUCUCAGUCCACUUCCAUCUUCUUUCUUUGGGCCUUGAAUAAAGAUCAGAAGAACUGACAGCUGAAGGGUAUUGCAAGCAUCAUGCAGAAUUGGGAGAUUACACAGAGUAAUCUGAGAAAGACCUUGUAUCAAAUUCAAUCAGAUGAGUUCUUCUGAGACUAAUUCCAAUAGUUCAAAACUAGAAAAAGUAUUUUUUUUACAUUGGACAUUGUUUUUGUUGUGUAGAUAAGCAAUUUUUAAAAUAUUUUUUAAAAUGAAACAUAAGGUUCUCAACUAUGUGGGGGAGUAUAGUUCAUGUAAUUUCAUGUGAAGACAAUAAACAUUUUAUUAUAACUAUUUUAGUUGAAAUUUAUCUUGGGACAGAUGAGAGUUUUUUUCCUCAUUCAACAAAUGAGUGCCUACUAGGUGCUGAUAAUAUAAAUUAAAUAUGGUCACUCUAAGCUGAAAUAGCUCAUUAUCUGAAAGUGGGGGAGUAUUUGUUGGUGAUCUUGAUGUUAAAGUAUUUUUCUGAUAUCACCUAGAAAUAGUAGAUUGAGUUGUGAAGCUCUUUACCUCUCAUUUAUAAUAGGUUUACAGUUGGUUGGUAUCCUGGGGUAAGCCUCUUUUGCUGUUUCUGUUUUUAUCUGCAAAUCUUUUUGAGACAAGCACUCACAUCCAAAAGGGCAAUUGCUACCAAAAGGAAGACAGUAUUUUAAGGAAUUCUGUUCUGAUCAGAACCAAGUCCUUAACAGCCAUAGUCUCUUGCCUGAUGUUGAUAUUUAUAGAGAGACUCCAAAGCACUUGAUCUGCUUACCUGAUAUACUUGACGAUACUGUAAUAACCUAUAUGAUAAGAAAGCAUUGUUGUGUCUAAAGAAUCAAAUUAUAGCAACCACUAGGUCUUGUUUCUAAAUGUUUUCCUUACUGUUCAUAUUCUCUUUCUUUUUGCAGGGGAAAGGGGGAAAGGGAGAGAGCUGAAAUGUGGUUUCAAAUGCAAGUCAAUCAUUAACAGAGUCAUUUACAAAAGAACUUUGUAUUUACUGUAAUCAUUAAAUUGCUUGACCAGUCACAGGAAAAUGGGUGAUCCUUCCUACUUUGCAGAUUUGCGAAUGGAAUCACAAAAUUGAAUCCCAUUUUAAUUCUGUAUUGGCAAUGCUGAUUUGAAUGAGUUUCUUAUUACUGUUUUUGACGUUGAACGUUGUUUUUAUUGUGUGAAAUACAUGCGCAUUUUACCCCCAAGACAUGUUAGUCUUUAUAAGAUUAUUUUCCUUAUGAACCUUAUUUUAUUUUGCUUCCUUUCUACUUUGAUCCUAACGUCAUAUUGCAUGCCUGGAUCUAAAGAGCAGUCAGUUUCUCAGAUCAAAUAGAUGCCCUAUAGCAACUUGGAAGACAUAUGGAGAUAAAACCAUAUUUUCUAAGGAAUACCAUUAUAAAUUAAAUAUGUUAAUGAUGCCAUCAAAACAGAUAAUAAUCUCUCUUAAGCUUUUCUAUUUGAUACCAGAUACAGUACAUGAAAUAAUAGUGUAUCUAACUGUGCCUAACUUAGUGUUGACAUUCAACAAAAACUUGUUGCAUUUGUCAGUAAAUCUUUACAAUCUUUUCCACCUUAUUUGGGGAAUUGUUGAAUAAAUAUCUCCUUAUUUAACCGCCAACUUCCUGGGGUAACACUCUGACAGAGCAAUGGAAAGAGAAAAGAAAGAAAUCUAAAUGAUCAGUUUGAGGCUUAGCUUUGACAUAGAAGAUUAGGAGAUAAGGAUAAGGGCUCUAUCAUGUACUGCUGAUAAUAAUGGGCUAACAAUUAUUAAGCUCUCAUCAAUUUAUUUCUAUCUUAAUCUUAUUUUAGCUACUGUGCUAAGCCCUUUACAUGUGUUUAUUUAAGCCUCACAACAACUCUAUAACUGCUGCUGUUAUCCCCAUUUUACAGAUGAGAUAAGCGUCAGACAUAGAUUAAUUUGCCUGAAGUACACAGCUAUUCAGUGCCAGAGCUGGGAUUUAAACUCAGGCGGUUUAGCUCCAGAACCUACAUACAUAACCAUUACACUAUGCUGUCUCUACUCUCCAUGGUUCCAGGCACUACAUUGGGCCAUCCUUUUCCAUAACUUAUAAAUGUCAGUGAAUUCUCACAACUAUGCGAGUCGGUAUCAAUAAUUCUAUUUUUAUAGAUAGGGUAACUCAAGGCCUAAAGAAGUUAAUAACUUGCUCAAGAUACAUUGCUAAUUAGUGCCAGACGUGGGAAUUUCCUUCAAGCCAGUGAGGAGUCUCAUUUCUCUUCCAUCAUUCCAGGAAAUUAAAGUUUAUUAUACUGAAUUUGGUUCAACCAUGCUAGCAUAGCCUUCCAUUAUGGAUAAUAGGGAAUUGACUGCAUUAGGUUAAAUGUUCUACCACAAUAGCAGUAGUAGUACCAUUCGUUUUAUACAAAGUUUGAAAACAAUUACCAACAUUUGCUAUCUGACUUGUCUUCCCUCCAUCCCCCAAAACCUUACAAGAUACAUAGAAUACAGAAAGGGGUUUGUGCCACAGGAUGUGAAAGGACUUGUCAGAACUGAAUAUUGACUUUUGCCCAAGUUACCUUGUAUAUAGCUGACUCUGAUAUGAAAAGUCAUUAUUGCUGCAUCAUAUGACUUAAGCAAACACCAGACCUGGAGUCAAAGUGCUAGUGUCUAACUGUAAUGUGUACAGAAUGGCCAUUUUCUCCCUUGAUGGGCAAAGAAGGUAUGUAAGUUAUCAAUUACAUAACAAACCACUGCAAAACUUAAUGGCUUAAAUUUUUUAAAAUUCUUUUCAAAGAGAUUCUAUGAAUUGACUGUUUCUUCUGCUACCACCUAGAGUCACAUGGAACAGCAUUCAUCUGAUGGCAGAAGAACGAAAUGACUGAGAUAGCCAAAGGUAAUCAGAACUAUCUAGAAAAUAGCCAAGAACAAGGAAGGAAGCAAAACAACAACAGAGGGUUCUGGUUCAAGAUGACAACAUAGGAAAACCCUGAUCUCACUUCUUCUCACACACUGAGUCUACAGCUACCUACAGAACAAUUUUCUCUUAAAAAAACCUAAAGACUGGCUAAGUGAUGACCACAUCAGGCAAACAAGAGGAAAACCACCUCAAACUGGGCGGGAGGCUGGGAUACAAUCUUGCCAUAAACCCCAUCCCCAGCACAGUGGCACACAACCCAGAGAAAACUCAAAACCUGAAGCUUCUCCCUGAGGAGCAAAGGGUUUUAUUUCCACAUCAGUAACCUCAACUUCUAGGACCUGCACCAGAGAGAUGACCCCCAACAUCUUUGAAAACUAACGGGACCCACAAGACACUAGUAAUCUGGGAGACAUUUCUUAAAGGGCCCAUGCACUGAGAAGAGCACCAGGGCUCAGCUCAUCCAUCAGCCAAUCACACCCAGACUUAAAGUGAAAGAGGCUCGAAGAUCAGGAACAAGACAAGGGUGACCACUAUCACCACUUUUAUUCAACACAGUAUUGGAAGUCCUAGCCACGGCAAUGAGACAAGAAAUAGAAACAAAAGGAAUCCAAAUGAAGAAGUAAAGCUGUCAUUGUUUGCAGAUGACAUGAUACCAUACAUAGAAAAUCCUAAAGACACCACUGGAAAACUACUAGAACUCAUCAAUGAAUACAGUAAAGUUGUAUAAUACAAAAUUAAUAUACAAAAAUUUGUUGCAUUUCAAUACACUAACAACAAACUAUCAGAGAAAAUAAGAAAACAAUCCCAUUUACAAUCACAUGCAAAGAAUGAAAUACCUAGGAUAAAAUCUAACUAAGGAGGUAAAAUGACUGUACUCGGAAAACUAUAAGAAAUUAAUGAAAAAAAUUGAAGACAAUACAAACAAAUGGAAAGAUAUACCAUGCUCAUGGAUUGGAAAAAUUAAUAUUGUUAAAAUGAACUUACUACCCAGGGCAGUCUACAGAUUCAGUGCAAUCCUUAUGAAAAUACCAAUAGCAUUUUUCACAGAACUAUAACAAAUAAUUCUGAAAUUUCCAUGGAAAUACAAAAGACCCUAAAUAUCCAAAGCAAUCUUGAGAGAGAACAAAGCUGGAAGUAUCACACUUCCUGAAUUCAAACUAUACUACAAAACUACAGUAGUGAAAAACCCACAUUUAUACAGAAAUUAACCUACAACAAAGGAGGCAAGAAAAUACAAUGGGGAACAGAUAACCUUUUUGGUAAAUUGUGUCGGGAAAACUGGACAGGAACAUAGAAAAGAAUCAAACAGGACAACUUUCUCACCCCUUAUGUAUAAAUAAACUCAUAAUGGAUUAAAGACUCAAAUGUAAGACCUGAAAUCAUAAAACAUCUAGAAGGAAACAGAGAGAGUGCAUUCUUUGACAUUCUUCUUAGCAAUAUAUUUUUGGAUAUGUCUCCUUUGGCAAAGGAAACAAAAGAAAACAUAAACAAAUGGAACCUAAUCAAACUAAAAAGGUUUUGCACAGGGGCAGAAACUAUUGACAAAGUGAAAAGGCCGCCUAAUGAAUGGGAACAGAUAUUUGCAAAUGAUAUAUCUGAUGAGGGGUUAAUAUCCGCAAUAUACAACUAAACAUGAAAAAAAAAAAAAAAACCAAUAAGCUGAUUAAAACAUGGGCAGAGGACCUGAAGAGUUUCCAGAGAAGACAUAUAGAUGGCCAACAGGCACAUGAAAAGAUGCUCAACAUCACUAAUCAUUAGAGAAAUGCAAAUCAAAGAUACAAUGAGAUACGACCUCACAACUUUCAGAAUGGUUAUUAUCAAAAAGACAAGGAACAAUGAGUGUCAGCGAAGAUGUGGAGAAAAGGGAACCCUCAUGCACUGUUGGUAGGAAUGUAAAUUGGUGCAGCCACUAUGGAAAAUAGUAUGGAGAUUUAUCAAAAGCUAAAAGUAAAACUACCAUAUGGUCCAGCAAUUCCACACCUGGGUAUAUAUAAGAAGAAAAGGAAAACACUAAUUCAGAAGGCCAACAGCUGAAGUUUCUGUGGAAAUGCUAGAGGCCAGAAGAGAGUGGCAUCUGGCAUCAUAUAUUUAAAGUGUAGUAAACUUAAAUGAGUAUAAUCUAUAAAUAUAUUGAAUCACUGUGUUGUACACCUGAAAACAAUAUAAUAUUGUAAAUCAACUAUACUUCAGUUUAAAAAUAAGAAAAGAAAUUACGUUUUUUCUCGUGGUGAAUUCAGGCUGAGUUAAAUCAUACUUGUAUCUUUUUGAAUAUUCCUGGGUGCACUGAUUUUUAAAAAAAUCCUCCAGUAUUGCAUAUAACACAUUUACACAGUGGUACAUUCUUCUUUUCUAAAUAUUAAUGUGUGUGUUAAUAUGAUCCACAAGAGGAUUAGUCAAGUGAGAUAAACUGUUCAUGGUAACUUCCUUAUUUUGAGUUGAUUCAAUUUACAAGCAGUUCUAUGUAGAAAUGAUUUUUGAAAAGACAAGGAAAAGGAAGUAUGAAACAGUGAUGAUCAUGAUAGUGAUGCACUCUUCUGGAAAGAGCUAAAAAGAAGCUAAAGUCAGAAUUUUUUUAUAAAUCAAUUCUUUUGAGGUAUAGUCAGCAUACAAUAAAAUGCACAGAUUUAAGGAUGUGGCUUGAUGAGUUUUGACUUGUAAGCACCAUCCUGUCUUAGUCUGUUUGGACUGCUAUAAUAAAAUACCUUAGACUCGGUGUCUUAUAAACAAGAAUACUUAAUUUCUCACAGUUCUGAAGGCUAGUAAGUCCAAAAUCAAGGCACCAGCAGAUUUAGUGUCUGGUGAGAACCACUUCCUGGCUCAUAGAUGACUCCUUCUCACUGUAACCACACAGGGCAGAAGGGGUGAAGGAUCUCUCUGAGUCCUCUUCUAUAAAAGCACUAAUCACCUUCCAAAGACCCCACCUGCUAAUACCACCACCUUGGGGGUUAGGAUUUCAAACGUUCAUCUUGAGAACACCCCAAUCAAGAUUCAGAAGUUUCCCAUCACUCCAGAAACUUCCCUCCAUCCCUCCCUUCCCUCACAUCACGAAAACAGUGAUUUUAUUUCUGUUCCCCUAUAUUAUUUUUUGGACUAUUCCAGAACUUCAUACAAAUGAAGUCCUGUAUGAAGUUUCUUUGGUCUGAUUUCUUUCUAUCAUCAUAAUAUCUAUGAGAUAGAUACAUCCAUGUUCUUACACAUGUUGGAAACUUGUUCAGAUUUACUUAGGAUUAUCGUACUAAAUGAAUAUGCCAGUUUGCCAUUCAUCUAUUCAGUACUGGUGGUUUUUUUCCAGUCUGUGGAAUAAACUUGUGAAUAAUGCUGCUAUAAAUAUCCACAUACCACUGUGGGGAACGUCCUAUGGCUGGAAUCACUGAGAUGUAGAGCAAGUAUAAGUUUAACUUUAUUAGAAACUAUUAUUAUCCACCCUACCUUUUCUACUCAUGACACUAUUUAUUCUUUCGUUCCGUUAACUACCCCCAGCACAUUCUAUUUUUAUAAAGUAUGAGAGAAUCUGAUUCUUUCCUCAAAAUUCUCACACAAAGAAGCUUCCAUUCUCCUCUCCAUUUCGUAAUUUCUUAAUUACAAAUUGAAGCCUUGUCUCAUUUUGGUUUCAGGAAAAAAAUGUCAAUCACUGUCUUAAAAUUGCACGACACCCACUGAUUCUUCCCCUGUGACUUCUCCAAGAGGCCGCGGGACCACUCAGCCCAAGCUAUACACUCCAUUUUUCCUAAUUUCUCCCAUGUUUCCUCCUCUCUAAGAGCCCUGUGCCAGGAUCCCCAGGAUCACUUAGCACAGCCCCUCCCCCUUAUGAAUACACCAUUGUUAUGUAAGAGCUUCCUUCUCCCUCCUCCACCUCUCUGGGGAUGCCCAGCCUCCAGCCUCUCUCUGCUCUCCUCAGGACUAGACUGCUUUUUAGGAGUUGCUGUUGCAGGGAUAGUCUUGCCUGCCUCCCGCUGGAGUGGAUUUCUUUGGUCACAGGCUUCUUCACUCAUGGGGCCUGCCUGGGCCCAGGCCCACCUGGCAGAUGAUCUCUGGCUGCCUCUGCUCUGGCUACUCCUGUUUCCGACCUGCUGCUCCCAUGACCCCCCAGGUUGGCGCUUCACUUCCUCUGAAAUUGUGAUCCCCAGGAAGGUGUCCCACAGAGUGCGUGGAGCCACAACACAAGGCCAGCUCUCCUACAAGUUUCGCUUCAGUGGCCAAAGACACGUGCUUCACAUGAGAGUCAAGAAGAGCUUGCUGCCCAUGCAUUUUCCUGUUAAUCACCGAUAACGACCAAGGUGCCAUGCAGGAGGACUACCCUUUUAUCCCCCGAGACUGUUACUACUUUAGCUACCUGGAAGGGGUUCCUGGGUCCAUGGGCACACUGGACACCUGCUAUGGGGGUCUGCGUGGCAUGCUGCAGGUGGAUGACUUCACUUAGGAAAUCAAACCACUGGAGGCUUCUUUCAAAUUUGAACAUCUGAUUUUUUUUUUAACAUCUUCAUUGGAGUAUAAUUGCUUUACAAUGGUGUGUUAGUUUCUGCUUUAUAAAAAAGUGAAUCAGUUAUACAUAUA